UCACAGCGCUGCUGGAUACAGACGCAGCCUCUUCAUCGCUGGUGAAUGGAGCCGCUUGUUAGCAGCUAAGCGGCUAAUCACAGCGCGCUGUUGGUGUUUAUAAAGCUUUAUAACCGGAGUUUCAGCGAUGGCUGUGUCCAUGAGCUCGACGUGUCCCGGGCUUUACUGCGGGAAGACCAUCAUAAACAGCAUUAAUGGAUCAAUAGAGGGAGAAUGUGGGGUGUGUCCUCGGGGAGAGAGGACCAACAUAGAGAAGAUCUGUGAAAGGUGCAGGGACUCUCCGGAGCUGUACGACUGGCUGUACCUGGGCUUCAUGGCCAUGCUUCCUCUGGUUCUGCACUGGUUUUUUAUUGAAUGGUAUUCUGGGAAGAAAAGCUCCAGCGCCCUGUUCCAGCACAUCACGGCCCUGUUCGAGUGCAGCGCCGCGGCGGUGGUCACUCUGCUGGUGAACGAUCCGGUUGGGCAGCUCUCCAUCCGCUCCUGUCGCGUCCAGAUGCUGUCGGACUGGUACACCAUGCUCUACAACCCCAGCCCUGACUACGUUACCACGCUGCACUGCACACAGGAAGCUGUGUUCCCUCUGUACACUAUAGUGCUGAUCUAUUACGCUUUCUGCCUGGUCUUCAUGAUGAUGCUGCGGCCGCUGCUGGUGAAGAAGAUAGCGUGUGGUUUGGGGAAAACUGACCGUUUUAAAAGUAUCUACGCUGCCCUCUACUUCUUCCCCAUCCUCACUGUCCUGCAGGCGGUGGGAGGAGGUCUGCUCUAUUAUGCCUUUCCCUACAUUAUUUUGGUCUUGUCUUUGGUUACCUUGGCAGUUUAUAUGUCAGCGUCGGAGAUACAGUCUUUCAAGAACCUGGUUGCCAAGAAGAAGCGGUUGGUGGUGCUCUUCAGCCAUUGGCUCCUGCACGCAUACGGCAUCAUAUCAAUCACCCGAUUGGAUAAUCUGAGUCAGGAUUUGCCUCUGCUGGCUCUGGUUCCAGGACCAGCUCUGUUUUACUUACUCACAGCCCGGUUCACUGAGCCCAACCGGAUUCUGUCUGAAGGAGGAAACGGACACUGACCGGGCAGAGAGUACCCAGGAUGUACCGUCCACUGGGGGUUAGCAUUAUUCACUAUUUGAGGACAUUGUUCAGCAUGAGGAACGGCAGGUUUAAGGCUAAACGCGGGGUCACACUGAGAAAUGACUCCAUUUAUGACAUGUUGACGGACACUAAACCCACAUUUCCAUUGUAAAGUGUACACUUUUGGCUAAAUGCUACAAGGCUAGUGCUGGGCAGUAUUUAUCAAUUAUCAGUUGAGCAACAGAACUUUCUCCAUUUAUCUACAGUACACCCAUAAGCCAUAGUGUUAGUACAAGGGGUGGAAAUCACAGCGUCCCUUACAAUAUUACAAUACUUUGAUUCUGCGAUUAAUCAAUAUAUACAGUACCAGUCAAAAGUUAAGGACACACCUCAAAUAAAUUCAUAGUUUUUUUUCAUUAUUUUAAAAUGUUUUGCAUUUUAGAUGAAUACUAAACUCAUCCAAACUAUGAAUAAAAACUAUAUUUUAUAUUUUAUAUUCUCAUUCAGUUUUAUGAGGUUGAGUUACCUGGAAAUCAGGCUUUCAGUUAACAGCUGUAAGUUAACAGCUUUACGUUAACAGCAGAUCCGCCCCAGGAAAAACAUUGAAAGAGAAGAAGUGUCCAAAGUUUAGACUGUUACUGUAUUGCGAGACAAUUCUCUACGAUACUUCACGGCGUCUUUGUUACUGAAGAGGACAAAAUGAAUUAAUUUGAUUAUAGCGCCACCAGGUGGAGGAAUGAAGCUGUAACUUUACUAAUCUUAAUCUUAAUUUACGAUAUAUCGCAACAUCAAUAUUUUGCCCAAACUUUAUUUUCUACAAAAUACAUUUAGGCUGUUUCUAUUUUGCAGUGCUAAAAGUGGCAAAAUUAAUAUCUGGCAAAAUAAUGUCCUAAAUAAUCUCUAAAUUAAACAUAGCCAGAUACCUUAAGACCAAAGUCUUGGUUUGUCCAAUAGGCAUGUCCCUGAGCUCUUUGUUCCUGUUAGAAUCUUAAAUUUGGGCUUAAGGUAUUUAGCUGACUGAAAUCCCAAUUUUAAAAC